CAUUUUCUCCUGCAUACACUGCAUAAAUCUCUCUCUCUCUCUCUCUCUCUAGCUCAGCUCUCAUUUCGAAGAAGAAGAAGAAGACGACGCCGGCGACGGACCUGAGAAGGAAUCGCAUUGCCAUGUCGCUGACAACUGUUAAGGUUAGCAACGUCUCCCUAGGAGCAACAGAGAGGGACCUCAAGGAGUUCUUUUCUUUUUCUGGUGAUAUCGCUUAUGUUGAGAUGCACAGUGACACUGAGCGGUCUCAAAUUGCAUAUGUCACGUUCAAGGAUUCUCAAGGAGCAGAGACUGCCAUUCUGCUUUCGGGUGCAACUAUUGUUGAUAUGUCUGUCAGCAUUGCCCUCGCUCCAGAUUACAAGCUGCCUCCUGAUGCUAUAGCACCACCAGUAAGUGAAAACAGAAGUCCAGCUGGUGGUGAAUCUGCGUUGCGAAAAGCAGAGGAUGUGGUUACCAGCAUGCUGGCUAAGGGCUUUAUAUUAGGCAAAGAUGCAGUGAACAAAGCCAAGUCCCUUGAUGAUAAGCAUCAGUUGACAUCGACGGCCUCAUCAAAAGUUGCUUCCAUCGAUAAGAAGAUUGGGCUGACCGAGAAAAUCAGUGUGGGUACCACGGUUGUGGGCGACAAGGUUAGGGAAGUGGAUCAAAAGUUUCAAGUUUCAGAGAAAACCAAGUCAGCAUUCGCAGCGGCAGAGCAAAAAGUUAGCAGUGCUGGAUCAGCCAUUAUGAAGAACCGUUACGUGUUCACGGGGGCGUCAUGGGUAACUGGCGCUUUUAACAGAGUCGCAAAAGCUGCUGGAGAUGUUGGCCAGAAGACAAAGGAGAAAGUGGGAAUGGCCGAGGAGGAACAGAAGAGAAAAGUAGUUGAUGACUUUGCUCAAAUUCAUCUAUCGGAGUCUCCAAAGGCUUCUGCGUCUGCCGAGCAGAAGCCUUCGAAGCCUGAACCUGUUCGAGGCCUGAUUCUGUGAUUCGGUUCUGUAUUGAACAUUGUGUAUCAUUUCGCACACUCCAAGUUACUUGGUUCUGCUGUUAACCACCAAAACAGUGGCGCUUCAUUAUAGUCAAGUUGUCAGAAUAUCCUUGCUUACAAA